CCAGAGAAUCCCGUAGUCUGUCAGUGAAAACAGUAAAGCGAACAAGCCUCCUUCAGUUCCGUGCAGUUGCAUCGGUUCGUGGUAAUACGAAUUUUCGAAUUGCGUCCCGUCAUUGCCGGCGACCAAAUCGAGUAGCCCGAAUCAUUCGCAUUUGCGUAACUUCUUGGGGAAGACCCACAAGGAUUUCACGUGGUUCUGCAUGGUCAUCUAAGUCUAGCAGCUUGCUGAUGAGUUGUUGUUGACUUGUUAAUAAAUUGCCGAGACGUUCACGUUUGUAUAAUGACGAGCAUCAGACAAAUUCUUCGUUACGCGCGAAAACUCGGCCAGAUAUCGGAGAAUGGGAUGAAAGUUGCAAAUCGGUCAGUGAGAUACGCGUCGACCCAGGCACAACAGAAAAUCGUCGAGGAUGAAAAUGGAAAAAAAAUUUUCCCGUCACCGUACGGCGAAUUCACGCCCACGGAGAUGCUCACUCAUGAGUUCAUCUGGAAGAACAUUGAAAUUUACGCCGAUAAGAUUGCGCUGGAGUGCGCGGUGACUGGAAGGAAAUAUACGUACAGCGAAGCUAGGGACGCGACUAAUUACAUUGCCAGAAGUUUGAUAAAUAUGGGUUUAAGAAAGAGUGACGUAGUUGCCUUGAUAACACCCAAUUAUCCGGAAGCGAUUUUAAGUGCUAUCGGUAUUUUAGAGGCCGAUCUUAUUGCCACUACUGUGAAUCCUAAUUACACGUCUAAUGAAAUUAAGAGGCAACUGCAGUCUGCCGAUGCGAAGGCGGUCAUUACAGUGGUAGAAAUUGCACAGAUCGUACUCGAAGCCACGAGAGAUACUCCCGCAUCUGGAGCACCCUUCGUGGUUAUCGAGGAUGGUAGCGGACCUAUUCCCGAGGGCACUGUGCCGUUUAAGGAUCUCAUCACGCGAGGGAAAACGUUACCGUCUAUAACCAGAUAUCACUCGUCUCCCGAAGAUGUGGCCAUUUUGCCAUUCUCCAGCGGAACGACAGGCAUGCCAAAAGGGGUCAUGUUGACGCACAACAAUUUAGUCGCUAAUAUGCAAAUGGUGGACUACACGUGCAAAAAUCUACUGUGGAAGACUACAACUGCCGAUUUCCAAGAAGUAUUACCCGUUAUAUUACCUUUCUUCCAUAUUUUCGGGUUUAACGGUUUAGUGUUGCCGCGUCUUGCCUGCGGUACGAAAUUAAUUACCAUUCCUAAGUUCUCGCCAGAGCUAUUCAUUGACGUUUUAACGAAGCACAGGGUGACGGGCCUCUUUAUAGUUCCGCCGAUACUUUUGUUCUUCAACGUUUCCACAUUCCUCAAGAAACAGAAUUUCGAGAACAUGCAUCACUUCAUCACUGGAGCGGCUCCGCUGUCGAACACAGACGUGGAAAACUUCUAUCGAAAGUAUCAGUUGAACAACGAUCAAUUGAAAAUCUGUCAAGGAUUCGGAAUGACAGAGACUUCGCCGGUUGUGUCCCUGGACGUGAGCGGCACGAAACCAGGAAGUAUCGGGAGGAACAUUGCUGGCUGCGAAUUACGAUUAGUCGAUCCAGUUACAAAGGAAGAUAUUACUGAUCAGGGUCAGACCGGUGAAAUAUGGGUUAGGGGGCCUCACAUUAUGAAAGGGUACUUGAACAACGAGAGUGCCACGAGGGAAAUGAUCGUCGAGAACGGUUGGCUGAGAACGGGAGAUAUCGCUUAUUACAACGAAGAAUUUUAUUUCUUCGUCACGGAUAGAUUGAAAGAGUUAAUCAAGGUUAAAGGAUUUCAGGUGCCGCCAGCUGAAUUGGAAGCUGUGUUAAGAACGCAUCCAGACGUUCAGGAAGCUGCCGUGAUCGGCUUGCCGGACGAGAGAUGCGGUGAGAUACCUAAAGCGUUCGUAGUAGUCAAGAAAGGUUCAAAAGUAAGCGAGGGAGAUAUUAAGGAGUUCGUUAAAGACAAAGUGUCUGAGUACAAACAGCUUCAAGGAGGGGUCACGUUUGUAAAGGAUAUACCAAAGAACGCAAGCGGGAAAAUUCUUAGAGCGAAAUUGAAGAGUGAUUACGUGAAAUGAAGGAAGAAUCUGAUGCAAAGUCUCGCUCGACGAUUGACUAUCAUAAUGGGAUCAAUUAUUAAUUAAGGACAGAGGCCAACGAAUCGUUUCUAUGAAAUCGAUUGUCGUGACAAUAUGAAUCAUAUUGACUGCUAUUUCGCUGCGAGACUAUGGAAGUGUUAAUAAUGAUAAUCGAUCAACAACUGCGCGUUCAAUCGAUCUCUUCAGGUCUUCACAAAUAUCUUCUCGAUAGUUCACUCUUGUCGUUCAUUUGCAUUUUUUUUCUUUACAACUUUAAGAAAGCGGAGGAUAGGAAAGGUGAGCAACGAUUUUUAAUCAUUAUAGAGAAAAAAAAAAAAAAAAAAAAAGAAACAUAAUCGCGUAUGAGCGCGCUUUCAAGAAAGGAAUUUGAAAGAUUUACGCGUAUUAUUUUUAAUAGCAUUUGAUAUAUUAUAGUUUGGUUCUGGUGCUAUCUGUAACAGUGCAAUUAAUUUUUAAGGCGAGAAGGUAAUGUGAUAUAGACACUGGAUUCGAUUUUUAUAAAUGAUUUAUACUAGAAAAUAACGGAUAUAUCAAGAAAUAAAAUAUUUUAUAGUCGUAUUAC